GUCACGUCAACCGAAGAACAUCCGAACGAAUUAUACAUAGUUAGUUUAGUACCGAGGAGGAACUUAUCAUCGUUCGAUCCAUUUCAAGUUUUAAAACAUCUAAAGCUUCAGACAUCUCCUCUCCUUGAAUUGGCGCAAUCAUAAUCAUCAAGAUGUUCGCCGAACCUAUUGCCCGCGCCAGCCCGCGCAUCACCUCUCUCAUCAGCAGCCGUGCAUUCCACGCAACCCGCGCUCGUCUAUCGUCGCCUUACCACUACCCCGAGGGUCCUCGCUCUAACUUGCCCUUCAACACCAAGACCCGGUUCUUCGCUUUCCGAUACUGGGCCUACAUGGCCACUGGCUUCUUUGCCCCCUUCGGCAUUUGCGUCUGGCAAAUCAAGAAGCCCAAGGCUUAAGUAACCAAAUUAUAGUUUGGGCUUGGGCGAGAUAGGCUAGGAAACACCCUGAGGUUGCAUAUUUCCAGCUAUGCUGUGGGUGACGAAGAGCACGAUGCAACUUGUACAUAUAGUUGGCAGUACACAUUGAGACCGUCGCCAAAGUACAAUUACAUUUGUUUUUAACAAUCGAUUCAAUGCUUGUCGUCAUAGUAGUGUUGAACUAGUCUUACUCACACUACAAUAUGGAAAAGGCUAACCCUCGAAUGAAUGAUUGUAGAGUUCGAGUUCUCACAUUAGGGACGUUCAUAGCAUGAUUAUCGGUCUUUAUCGGGUUCAUUUUGAGUAGCAUA